CUGGGCUGCUCGUCGGACAGAGGUUGGAAGCCAUGCGCUCCACCUGAGGGUGCGCCUGGGAGCCCGCGUCCCUCUUCUUUCCCAAAACCUGGCAGAGGGGGAGGAAGAUGGAGAAGGACACGGCCGCACACCGGAGGCACCGGCUGGGCCCCGGGGCCCCUCCAUCAGGGGCUGCCCCCAGACACCCCAAGGCAGCCGGCGAGGUGGCCGAGCUCCAGAGGAGCAGGAGUGUGGGCGGCCUGCAUCAGAAGGGGGACCCUCCGAGCUGCCUCAAGAAGCUGUCCAAGGAGCCGGAGUCCGAGGACCAGGGAAAGGACCUACAAGGUGACAUCGAAGAAGCCAGCUGUCAGGCAGACCCCGAGGAAGACAAGCAGGAGAGUCAGGACGCCCUUGGGAAGUUGGACCCGGACGGUGGAAGGACAGAACCAGAGGAACAGGGGCCAGAGUCCAUCAAGCUGGAUGACCCUCCAGGAAAAGAGAAACCAUCUGUGUUUGUGGAGAUUGAUCUGGGAGACCAUGCCGAGGAGGUGGUCACAGGUGCCAUGAGAGAAGAGAAGCGGUCCCAGAUGGACAUGGGGGAUCUGUCGGAAGACGAGACCAAGACCAGCUGGGUGUGCUGCAUCCCUUAUUCCACCAGAAGGAAGGUGAAGGAGAGUGUGUAACGGCCUUGGAGAAGGGCACUGAUGACCGCCCAGGUGUGAACCACUGAUCCGUUGGCUAAGGGACGAUGCCAUCUUCUAAAAAGACACAAUAAAGUGUGAACGGAAGA